ACCUACCAACACAAUAUUGUCAACAUGGCAGACUGGCGAAGUAAAUCGCGGAACGGAGGUAGCGACAUAAAUAAUUUUUAGUUACCUUUUUCUAUUUUUCAAAAAUAAAUUUAAAGCAUUUAAAAACCCCCGCAAAAUUGUAAGGCUCAAGAGUUCUCUUUGCAGAAGGAUAAAAUCCACGAUUUGCAAGACUCAAGAGUUGUUAAUUUUUUUUGUAAUCUAAACUAAAUAGUCUUAAAUAAUAAUAAAUUAAUCACUUCAUUUUGUGUCUGUAUCAGUUAGGAAUUGGGUAAUCUACCACUUGAGCGUCGGCCAAGAAAAAAUCCAGCUGUUCCUGUUUGAAGGGCUAUUUAAACAACUAUUCUUAUAUUAUUUUUAAUGACAUUGGUUGUAUGUAUUAAAUUGUAUUCAUUCCCAUAAUAAUAGACAUUUUUUUUAAAAUAGAAGAUAAUGUGUGAACAUGGAAUCAUGCAUAGUUCUCCCCCAAAUUGACAAUGAAGUUUAAAAAAAUAUAAUUUUCACGAAAAUGGUUGUGGUACAUGAAUCCACGUAAAUAUGAAGGGGAAAGAUCACCGGCGCAUCUUGUGAGCAUUCACGUUUUCCACAAUCUGUGUGUGGACAUCCGCGUUAUCUGGGUUAAAAAAAAAAAAUUGUAGUCUCUUUUUCUUCCUGGCAUAUCGGUAGCUUGGCAGUAAUAAUUAUUUAAAUGUAUUAGUAUUGUGCUAUAUAACUUUAUAGCCUCUAUACAGAAAGAAAAAUAUUAACAGACUCCAAAGUAAGAAUAGUUGUUUAAAUAGCCCUUCCAAACGGAACAACUGGAUUUUUUCUUGGCCGACGCUGAAGUGGUAGAUUACCAGGAAUUGUACUGGUGUAGGAAAAAGGGGUGGGAGCAAUGAAAAAGCUUGCUUGAAGUUCAAAAAUAUUUAAAGGGGGAAAAUUAAUAUAAAGUCAAUUAAUUAAUUUUCCGCUAAAAGUAGUAAAAUCCUUGAAAUCGAUAAUUAUAAUUUACAAACGCUACUGAACCUGAAUGCUAAGCUAAGGCCUAAGGCAGUAUCCCCCAACUUGAGCAUAAAUCUUCAAAUGUUAAAUCUAUGACUAUGAACUACCGUGAUGAACCUUAAACUUAAAUUAAACCAUGAGUUUGUGAUUGAGUGUUGCACUUACACCUGGACCCUCACCAGAAAAGCAGAGAACCUGCUCAACACAUGGGAGAGGAAAAUCCUCCGCAAAAUUUAUGGACCAGUGAUAGAAAAUGAUAUCUGGAGAAUAUGCACAAACCAAGAGUAAGAGCUUUACUAUCUGUACAAAGAACCACCCAUAGUCACAAUGAUAAAAAGAGGCAGAAUACGCUGGGCAGGUCAUGUUGAAAGGAUGCCGGAAUGCGGAGCAGCCAAAAUUAUAUACAGGCAGAAGCCAAGGGGCAGACGACUCACCGUUUGCCAAAGGAUGAGGUGGAUUGAUGAUGUGGAGACAGAUUUACACCAGUUGGGGGUUCGAGCAUGGAGACGGAAAGCCAUGGAUUUUAAUUUAAAAUUAUAAUUAAUCAACCAAAUAAAAAUUUAAUUAAAAUGUGCCAUUGUCAUAUUAAUGAAAAUGUAACUCUUGUUAACAAAAAAAUAAAGAGAGUGAAUCCAAAAAAGCAACUUAACAAAACACGCAAAUGACGUCACAGUGCUAUCUCUUCGCAUUAUCCAAAAUCAAAUAUUCAAAAUAAUGAAAACCCAACUUACAGCAUCAUCAAAUACAAUUUUACUCACUUUAUAAAUCCAAAAGAUGUCAGAAAAGUCAAAAAUCCAUUUUACAAAAUGAUAAUGAUAAAAUGAUGACCCAGUCAAAAUGGCCUUGUUUUGAUUUGAAAUAUUAUUAUAAUUAACCACCCUAUGAAAUAUUAAUUUAAAAAAGCCAUCAAUAAGAAAACAUUCCAUCAGCAUAUUAAUACGAAAAAAAAGAGAAUAGUUUACUCAGCAUCAGCAAAGAAGAUCAUCUCAGAAACAAACAUCGAACUUUUGUUUAAGUUUAAGAAUGCUGCAGUAGGUGCAGAAAAAGGCAGUUUGAUUGAAUAUGAAUCUUGCAGUGAGACAUGAAAUAAGCCCGAACAAUCUUUCAGGAUGGAAUGUUUCUUGUGGUUAGUAGACCAGACAUUGAUUUCCUUAGACAUGUUUCCAUCAACUGCAACUGUAUGUUGAUAUUUUUAACUUUCUAUAUGAUAUUCAGCAAAUCAGUAUCAUAACUCUGGAUAAUUUAAGCAAAUACUAUAUUGAGAAUUGGAGAUUCACAUGAUGUAGAUGGUUCAUACUUACUAGAAGAACGUUUUGUCCUAAACCGCUACAGGAAUACCUCUAGUGUUGGCAGCAUGCUGGAAAACUAGGCUUGUCACCAUUGAAGGAACGACGACAACUAUCCAGACUCUCCAUAAUGUACAAGAUAAAGAAUGGCCUGGUCCACUGCUUUAAAAUUUAACAGAAACUCGUCCCUCUCCCCCAUAGACAGCGACGAGGCCAAGACAGGCUAUUCCGGCUCAUACCAGCAAGAAGCCAGUAUAGGAGCUGCUCAUUCCUGCCCAAGACAAUCAAGGACUGGAACAAGCUUUCGAAAGGAACAGUUGAGGCGACAACACUAGACUCAUUUGUGUCUUAUAUUGCCUCAAGCCUUCAAACCCCCAGCGCAUAAUUCCCUCACUAAGUGGCACUGGAAAUCAGUGAAAUGUCCUCAUCAACACCAGGCACAGAAACAUUGCAAAUCCCCUCUAGAUGCAUAGGAGCCAAAAUGAUCAAUAAAUUGAUCAUGGGCCCUUAAUAUAUAGAAGAAGAAGAACUGAAAGUCCUGAGAGAAAUGAUUUUAGAAGUACAAACAGCAUUACAGUGUCUUCAAUUCCUUGUGUCGCUAGCAGAUUUGUUUCCGAAUACUGUGAUUGCGUCAAAGAAAAAUGUUAAAAGUUCUAAUAAUUAGUAAAUAUCUUUGCUUUUUCGCGUAAAUAUUUAAAUGUGAUUGAGUUGAUACAUUAUUGUAGUUAAACAUUUAAAAAUAAAAACGUGUGUGUAACAUACAAAAUUUCCCAAUAUCACUGUCAUCAGUGUUGAUAAAUUAUUGUUUAAAAUUCCAGCAUCCCUAACUUCAGAAGAGAUGCUAGAUUCUGAAAAUCAACGCCGGGUGACUGGGCUAGCCGAUAAAGUAUCUUUAUUAAAAGGGGUAAGUGGAUAGUUUAUGUCAGGGAUCUUCAACUCGGCUUUCUAGAACAUGACUAAAGAAAGUGAUUGGGUGGGGGGAUGUCAUGUCUUAGGAUGAGUUCAAACAUGACUUGUAAAAACAGUUGUAGAAGAUGUCAUUCUUUUCAAUGUCUGCCUCUUCUGUUGGUGAAUAUUUAUCUUUAAAAGAAAAUUUUUAUAAACUGGGCAUGCCUCCCAGCACAGAGUAAUGAUUGCUUACUGAUUCUGUUGUAGGAUUGUAUUUGAUUAAUUGUUGCUGAUGAGCACCACUGCUUCCUGGUGAUUGAUAUGUCAUAUCUUCCUGACCACUGACCAGAUAAAUGAAAUUCUGAAUUCUUUAUUUUGCUUUGCACUUCUACUCCUGGGGAAUGUGACCUGUUUCUCAACACAGACAGAGGAGCUCAUGUAAGGGCUGAAGUAGAAUAGGUUUUCCUUUUUUGAGGACUUCCAUUGGAAUGCCGUCAAUCCUUGGUGCCUUCCCAUCAUGAAGACGGAAGGAUGCCAUAUACUUCUACUCCAUAUUGGUUCUGUUACCACCAUGAGUUUCAGUGUGUUACUUUUGUGCCCAUCUUUCUGUCUGAUACAGUGUGUGGGGUUCCAAAAUCCACUGCUGACACAUGAUUUUUGGCUUCAUACAUUGACUCUGGUUGGAAACAUCUUUGUGACUUUGGUCUCCAUUCUUCAUAAGUCCAGUAUACUGGCAUGCUUCAUUUCUGGUGCAAUUUGUGUCUGUAUUUUCCUUUGUUUUUGUUUCCUUAGCAGAAGACUCUUACAGGAUGGGGCAAACUGUGGUGGAGUUGGUUACCCGCAUCAGUAUGUAUUAAUUGAAAAUAAAUUAUUAUAAUUUUUCUCUUCAGAUAGCCCUAGAUAUAGAACUAGAGACCAAAGACUCCAAUCGAUAUCUAGAUUCUAUGGUAAGUAAAUAAGCCAUAAUUUGGCCAGCUGUAACUUUUGUUGAAGUGCUUUAUAAAUUCUUUCCCAGACUGAGAAUGCCAUUUAACAGUACAUUACAUUCAUUUUUUAAUAAUCUAUAUUUUCUAUGAUAAAAUAGAAUACUAUGACCAGGGUUACUCAUUUCUUGGGGUUUUGCAUAUCUCGGGCAAACAGAAUAGUAAAAGUAUUUUUCACCAUCCAGCAAAAUCCGGUCAUGAAAUUAAUUUACUUAAAAAUAUAUUAUAAACUGAAAUAAACAUUACAAGAGUUUGUUUUUUCAUAGUUGCUUAAUAGCUUUUGUCUGUUUAUGAAUGAAAAUUUCUUGGGAGGUUGGUCACUUGUUACUAGUUGUUACAUUUUCCCCUGCCUAGCCCUAGUAAAAUAUAACUAGCUAAUAAUAUACUUGUUAAGCGAAAUUCGGAUAUGACAGCCUAUAGAAAAAACCUUUGCACUUUCUAUGAGCUUUGCAUUCUUUACAGGUAUCAAAUUCUAGUUAAAAUUCUAACAGUUUGCAAGCCAAUAUUUCUAACAAUUUGUAACAAGGUGCUCCUUUCAAAUCAAAUAACAAAUAAAAAAAUAAAAAACAUAUAUCAAUAUAUGUAUAUCUUUUACUAGGUUUUUUGGGAGAAAAAAAUCCACUACAUAAAUAAAAAGGUAGUUAAGCAUAUUAUCAGCAUGUAUAAUAUGUUACUAUGCACAAGAUCUCAGCCCAUGGGACAAGACCACAAUUGGUGUUGCUGUGAGGUGAUGGCUGAAACAGUACACUAAGAAAUUGUGAUUUUUUUUUUUUCAAUAAUUCAUUUUUUAAUUGGUGUCUCAAAGUUUGAUUUAAAAUUUAAAUCAUCACAUUAAAAAUAGUGUUAAUUAUAAUGCUAAAAAAAACAUAUAGUUAUAUGUUUUGAUUAUCCUAAUUAAAAGUCUUUUUUUUUCAAUAUAUCAUAAUGGUAAGGAUCACUUUGCUUCUAUAUAAAUGUGGUCUUGACUUGAAAAUGUUUAACUAUCUGUGUACCGGGGUACUAUCACUAAUCAAAAUAUAAAAGCUGUUUUGAAAAAUGUUUAAUUAAUUUUGCCGUAACUGGAAUCUUCAAUUUCAUAUGUAUUAGAACCUGGAGCAGCUUUAAGGAAGUCAUUAAUGGCAUUGAUGCUCGUAUUUCCAACAUAAAUUAUGUUUACAAUCACAUCAAAUACUUUCUUCACAUGUCUGGUCUUGAUAACGACUUCAUUGUUACAAGUUAUAAUAGUCUAACUUAAUUAAUAUUUUCAUUUUUUGUAAUCCAGGGUGGAGACUUCAGCAGCUCUGAAGGUUUACUCACCGGCAGCAUGCAUCGACUGUCAAACAUGGUCGGCUCUGGUAAAAACAAUCGCAAACUCAUGUGCUACAUCGUCCUUGGACUGGUUCUUUUGUUUAUCAUCACAUAUUAUUUCAUCUCGAGAGUACGAGGUUAACUCACUUCACCACUUGUCAUUUGUUGUAUUGGGUUUUUUUUUUGGGGGUACUUUUGAGGGACUUCACUUGGUUGCUGCUAUGAUAUUAUUGGGGUCUCAUUUAGCAUGAAGACAUUGUGUGUAGGAAUUUGAUGAGUUGGGCCAGUUGUGGAUAUUGGGUGUUUUUUUAAAUAUUUCUUUGCCCUUCAUUCUUAUGUUGCUCAUUUGCAUAGGAGCAAGACUCCUCCUGAGCCUACCACUGAUCUAACUCACGUUAACCUUCAUUGAUGCUCCAAUUUAUCUGUGACUGUUUCACAUGCUGUAAAUACUGUUGGCUGAUGUGAAAAUAUGGUAAAAUAUAAUUGUUUUGUUUUGUUUCAUCAGAAAGGUGGGUGACAGUUUCUUGACUAUGAGGCGAUUGUGGCAUUGUUCAGAGUUGGUCCUUAAAAAGUCUAUUGUUCAAAUAUGCAAUCUACAUUCAAACAUAUCUUGGUGGCAGGACCUAAAUAGGACACUAUUUUAUUUCAACAGACAAUUCAAAUUAUGUUUUUUGUGUGUUUUUAAAUGUAUAUUACCAGCAAAUCUUAAGUACAAAGAUAUCAAUAGGAGUUAGACAGCAUAUUCUCACUAACAAUAUUUCACUACCCAUAGAAAUUAUAUUUAAUAUGUCUAUAAAGUCAUUGACAAUGUUUACAUUAGAGCCGAGUGAAGGGCUACUGUGCUGCUGGACUAUUUGAGUGACAAGGCACAUGCCUUGCGAAUUAUUUUUAUGUUUUACAAGUGAUGAAAUUUUUAACAGAGAAAUGUUUCUGUUGUACGUGCACAUUGGAUUGAUGUACAGAGCCAAGAGAAAUGUUUCUGUUGUAUGCGCACAUUUCAUUGAUGUACAGAGCCAAAUAAAAUUAUGAUGAUCAGUUAUUAUGACUUAUUAAACCCAGUUAAAAUUGCUUUGAUGUCAACAUUAUUGUUCUUGUAAAUAACAGAUUAAAUAAUUGCAACAUGACCUAUCAUGGUCUCACUCUAAUCUGUCAACUGUGAUGUAUUGUACAGUUGUCUGUUAACUUUAAUCUACACUCAUCUAUCAGCUGUGAUGUAUUGUACACUCAUCUAUUGACUUUGAUGUAUUGUACACU